AUGGCGGGCGGGGCGGGAGCGGCCGCCGCGGCACCGCGGGGCAGAGGCAGGGCCGUGGCGCAGGUGGCCGCGCGGGACGGACGGACGGACGGACGGACGGACAGACAGACACACAGACAGACGUGCCGGUCUCUCUCCCCGCGGCGCUGCCGCCGCCGUAUCCAAGCAGCCGCCGCGCCUCACCGGCAGAGCGCGGGCCUGGGCGCUCGGCAAAUAGGAGCGCACGGGGGCGGGGCCGGCCGGCGCGGACCGGCGCGAGGCGGCAGCCGCGCUCCCCGAACCUCGGCGGCGCUGCGGCCGCGCCCGGACCGGGACCGUGGUCGGGACCGGCGGGUGCGGACGGUGAACGGGACCGUCCGGCAGCGCCUGCCCCGCUCCGGCCCGGCCUCCAGGACUGAGCUUGCCCUAAAAGAAAUCAUGUCAUCAGGGGGAGCUGAAGAUGAUAUUCCUCAAGCAGAGAGAAAAACGGUGACAGACUUUUGCUACUUGUUGGAUAAAUCUAAGCAGCUCUUCAAUGGCUUAAGGGAUUUACCUCAGUAUGGGCAGAAGCAGUGGCAAUCCUAUUUUGGGCGAACAUUUGAUGUUUACACCAAACUCUGGAAGUUCCAACAGCAGCACCGACAAGUAUUGGACAAUCGGUAUGGGUUGAAGAGGUGGCAAAUUGGGGAAAUUGCUUCCAAGAUUGGGCAGCUCUAUUACCAUUAUUACCUGCGCACCUCCGAAACCAGCUAUCUCAACGAGGCCUUCUCCUUCUACUCUGCCAUCAGACAGAGGUCCUACUACUCCCAGGUCAACAAAGAAGACAGGCCUGAAUUAGUGGUUAAGAAGCUGCGUUACUAUGCAAGGUUUAUAGUGGUUUGUCUCCUGCUCAACAAGAUGGAUGUUGUAAAGGACCUUGUAAAGGAGCUGUCGGAUGAAAUUGAGGACUACACGCAUCGUUUCAAUACUGAAGAUCAGGUGGAGUGGAACCUGGUUCUUCAGGAAGUGGCAGCAUUUAUUGAGGCAGACCCUGUCAUGGUUUUAAAUGAUGACAACACCAUUGUAAUCACCUCUAACAGGCUUUCUGAGACGGGAGCUCCGUUGCUGGAGCAGGGCAUGAUAGUGGGACAGCUUGCUCUUGCAGAUGCGCUCAUUAUUGGGAACUGCAACAACCAGGUCAAGUUCAGUGAAUUAACAAUUGACAUGUUCCGGAUGCUGCAAGCCCUGGAGAGGGAACCCAUGAACUUGGCAUCACAAAUGAACAAACCUGGAAUGCAGGAGUCAACAGAGAAACCAGCCAGGCGGGAAAACCCCCAUAAAUACCUACUUUAUAAACCAACUUUUAGCCAGCUAUAUACAUUUUUAGCAGCAUCAUUUAAGGAGCUGCCUGCCAACAGCGUGCUGCUGAUUUACCUGUCUGCCACGGGCGUGUUCCCAUCAGGUCGUUCGGAUAGUGAAGGUCCGUACGAUUUUGGGGGGGUGCUGACCAACAGCAACCGGGACAUCAUCAAUGGGGACGCCAUCCACAAGCGCAACCAGUCCUACAAGGAAAUGCACUGCCUUCACCCUGGAGAUCUCUACCCUUUCACCAGAAAGCCCCUGUUCAUCAUUGUGGAUUCUUCCAACAGCGUCGCCUACAAGGUUGUGCAUGCUAGUCAGGAUCUGACCCUAUGAAUAGGAACAAGAAGGAGAAGCACAUGAACAGCCGCUCAUUGGAAAGUAAUAAAUCCUCCUGGAGGGAAAAAGGUUCAAGAUUUCCAAGAAUUUCACAAACUUAUUUGGACAGCCAUUGGUGUGCUUGCUUUCUCCAACAGCAUAUCCAAAAGCAUUACAAGAUCAGUCUCAGCGGG